AUGGCUGCCAAGACAUCGGCCAGGGCCCUGGCUGAAUAUGCCAUCACCAUCGUAGCUUUCCUCUCCCUCAACGCUACCCUGAACAUGACAAACAGAUGGGUGCUGGGAGUCUACGGUUUCAACGGUGAUGCAGAUGAUCUCAUGAAGGCCGUCUGGCUGCAGGUGGCCAACAUUGUGGCCAACAACGCCAGCCUCGUGCUCAUAUCCCUGUCACUCAACCAGAUCAUUCGCUCUGGAAUUCCCAUCGUCACAGCGUUCUUGGGUAUCCUGAUUGAGAAGACGGUGUUGAAGGAAGACAUAGAUGUGAUCCGACUGACAUUCUACACAGCGCCAGUGUCUGUGGGCAUUCUCGUCCCUUUCUUCCUUGCGAGAGAGCUGCAGCCCCUACUGGUGUACUGGUCGGAGCUGGAAAACAAUAUGGUGGUGGCGUAUCUGCUUUUGGGCGGCUUCAAUGCUGUCCUGUAUAACAUCACACACUACCGGGUCAUACAGAUCACAUCAUCCACAGCAACGCCAGUGAUAGGCAUGAUCAAGGUGGUGGGCGUAGUGAUCCUGUCAGCGUUCCUUUUGGGAGAAAGCAGCAUCUUCACAAUCAGGAUGGUGGUGGGGAGCACCUUGGCUGUGCUUGGUUUUACAAUGUACUCCUAUGCUAGCAUCGAGGCGCGCCGGCGCAAGAAUCCCACCGUGUACAUGAGGCAGCCGGACAUGAGUGAUGGAGCUGCUCAUGAGACCAAGUCUGAUGCUCUCCUGAGCAGCCCACUGCUGCGCCAGCCAAAUGGGCCAGCAGCUGUAUAACCACCCUCAGCUGACAAUCAAAGCGAUCUCAUAACCCAGAAAUGCACGCAUUCAGGUGCAGCGCUGCUCUAUCUACAAUGAAUGGUGCAUACACUACGUAGGAGUUUCAGUCUGGUGGUCUGAUGUUUGCGAUUGUUGGCUUGUUGCAUAUCUUUGCAGAUCUGUCAAGCGUAAUUUCAAGCUUGCCAAAACG